CAAGUGUUACCAUCAACAGAGGAGACGGAUACUGUAUGACCUCAGGGCGGAUGUAACCAAGCGCUGUGGUAGCGUUCUAGCGAAAACUAGCGUGGUUUUACCUCACACCCAUGGUCUCACAGUGUGCCGGCAGUCGCCGCGCAGUGUCGCUCACACAAGCCGCAGCACAAGUGACUGAGGGCCAGUGAGGGCGAGCCCAUCGCUGUGACAGCUGUGGCAGCCGCACAAUAGGCUGUGCCAACUGCGCAGAGCGUGUGAGCAGCAGAGGAGCUUCACUCCAGGCUUCAGGCGCAAAGAGCUGCAUGCCACCGAAGGCGCUGUCGAGGUUCGCCGAGCGUGGCGCAGGUUGGAGGACACCGUCACCGACGAGCGCGUUGGACCUUUCACUCCGGACAAAGACAGUGGCACGCACACGAGCUGCGGUCGUGUGGCCGUCAUAGCGGCGAGGCGCGGGACCGUCUGUGGCUAGGUGGUCGCGUCCUCCCCCCGAGACCCCACCCCGGGACGCGCCGGCUGCGGGACCAAGGUGCAGCGGACCGACCUGGUGGGCAAGCGGAUGAUGAAGACCUUUGGCGGCCAUGGCACCUUCGUCGGAGAUAUCGUCUCUUACGACCCGGAGACGGGAUGUUACCAGCAGGUCACCUAUGAGGACGGCGACAAGGAGGGCCUCUCGCGAGCCUCUGUCCAGGCUGGCGUGCGGCGAUUCCAGGCCCAGGCAAAGUGAUGCGAUCCGUCUCGCCGAGGCGCGCUUUUAGAUGUUAGAGACUUUGUGCGUUUGGAGCAGUGCGGACUGUCUGUGCAGAGCAGAGUGCUGGGGUCUCACCCGUUUAGUUGAUUUGUAGUAUUGUUCUGUGUG